AUGCCACUCAUCAUCUUAACAGGAUAUCCCUGUUCGGGACUCACCUACCGCGCCAACCAACUCGCCUCUGCCCUCGAAUCCACCCAAGACACUCUCUUCUCGUCUGGCACAAUCCCCGCCACAAACUCACGAUACAAGAUCCAUGUUGUGCCGACACACGAUGCCUCCCAUCCGCGUACUGUGUAUGAUCACGCGCGCACAGAGAAAGAGACGCGAGGCGUCGCAUACACCCGGGCACGACGGCUACUCGGCAAAGACAGUUUCGUGAUUCUAGACGGAAUGAACUAUAUCAAAGGAUAUCGGUAUCAGCUUUGGUGUGAAGCGAAAGCGCUAGGGACGACAUGUUGUGUGGUCCAUGUCGGCACACCCAUAGACCAAUGCGUCGCGAAUAACGAGGCGCGGAUACAUCAUCGCGAGAAUGUGAAAGCUUCAGAAAUUCGGGAGAAUACCGAUGCCGCAGGAGAGCAAGCUACAGGCACAAAACCCCCAACAGAAACGGAGGACCCUUACCCUCCCGAGCUUCUUAACAACCUCAUCUUCCGCUAUGAGGAACCGAGCACCCACAGCCGCUGGGACAAACCCCUCUUCACAGUCCCCUGGUCCGACCCAGAACCUCCUAUCGCAGACAUUUGGUCUGCUCUCACCGGUAUACCACACCCUUCGACUGUCGAAGCCGCCGAAGCCGACGACGCCCCAUCAGCACUCGCCUCGAUUCUCUCAUCGACACAACUAUCCGAUGUCACCAGCGUUGCUGGCUCGAUCGCCAUGACGACUACGCGCGCUGGCGGUCUUCAGCAACGUCAAAGGAUAAAGAUAAAACCUCACUUGGCUACUGUACAGCCCGUUGCGACGAAUUCGUCUGCUUUGUAUGAUAUGGAGAAACGUACGUCGGCAAUUGUCUCGGCGAUUCGUACGUUCACCACGUCCAAUUCGUCAGCGCAGGCUGCACUAGCGCAAAGUGAAGAUUCGCGGGGGAUCAAUAUUCCUGUUCCAGAGGUGUCAACAUCCGUAUUCAUCCCUGCACAUGUGGCCACCUCUAGCUCGACGGAUGAGUUGGCUGGUGCUGGCGGGAUUCUAGCUCUACCACGGCUGCAGCGGUUGCGGAGACAGUGGGUUUCGUUGAAUCGGUCGUACAUAGGGGGAAGCCAUUCGGCAAAUCAGACGUCAAGUGUAAAUGGGCUUGCACCGGAUCAGGUUGGUGAUGCAUUCGUGCGGUUUUUGAACGCGGAAUUUGCAGGUGGUGAGCCUUGA